AUGAAUGUUGAAGACGAAGCAAUAUCAGCUUGGGAAAGCAAAAAAUAUGUUCCACAGCCUGGGCAGCCAGACUUGCCUCCUCAGCUUUCUGAGUUGGCUCAGAAAACUCCCGAAGAAAUCAUGACUGAGCUCAAUAGAUUGCCUUUUUUCAUGAGCCAGCUCGAUGAGACUGAUGGAGAAGGAGGAGAAAACAUUGGCUUGGAGGCGUUGAAAAGUUUGGCUUAUGAUGGAGAACCAGACGAAAUUGCCACAAACUUCAAAAACCAAGGAAACGACUGUUACAAAUUCAAACAGUACAAAAAUGCCGUCGAGUAUUACACUAAGGGCCUAGAUGUCAAAUGUGAUGUCGAUGCUAUCAACGUUGCGUUGUAUAUUAAUCGUGCUGCAUGCAACUUGGAGUUGAAAAACUAUAGAAGAUGUAUCGAAGACUGCAAAAGAGCAUUGCUUCUUGAUGAAAAUAACGUCAAAGCAUGUUUCAGAGCGGGCAAGGCCUUUUUCUGUGUGGGAAGACUAGAGGAGGCUCGCGAGAUUUUGAAGUAUGGCUUGACGAAAAACCCCGAUAAUGCCCCAAUGCAAGAGCUUCUAGACCAAAUUGAGGCGGCGGAAAAGGCCAUUGAAGAGAAGAAAGCGAAAAAGGAGCAAGCCGAAAAGGACAAGAAGUUGAAACAAGAACUUUUGCAGAAUGCAAUCAAGUUAAGACACAUCGACAUGGUAAAAACAUUGCAUCCUGCUGAGUACUUAGAAGACGCCAAGAUCUAUUUGGAAGACCCUACAGAUUACCAGUCUCAGCUUAUUUUCCCUGCGGUGGUCUUAUAUCCAACCACUAACGAGUUUGACUUUAUUGCUGAAAUCAGCGAGCUUACUACACCAAAUGAUAUAUUGGCAAUGGUUCUUGACAGACCGCAAUCAUGGUUUGAGGACCCCAAGCAUGCGAAAUUUACCAUCAGAAACCUUGAUUGCUACAUGGAGACCACUUCCGGUGGCUUAGUCAAGGUGGGCAAAAAGGUCGCCAUUAACGAAGCAUUAAUGGGUGAAAAGGCAAAAGCGCCAUUGUUCGAUAAUGGCUUGAGACUCUAUGUCGUGCCUAAGGAUGAAGCUGCUGAAUGGCUUUCCAAAUGGAACAAGGACGCUGCAUUAUCUAAGCGUCUACGUUAA